CCCUUCCCACCAUCGAUCAUAUCUCGGCUGUCCAUUCCUAACCACCUUCUAUCUCUCGAACCGAACGCCUCGAAAACAACAGCAACAUGUGAAAACCAAAUUCUCGCAGUAUCUCACUCUCCUCUCCAUCUCUUCCACGCUCUGCCAUACCUCCGAUCUCAACCCACCUCCACCGUCCGAUGGGAUCUUGAACCAUCCAUUCCCCGGCUUCCACGUGUCAGCAGGAUACGAAGAGCCAGCCUACAGCGGAAAACGAAAAGGAGACCCGAAGGUCUACGGAUUCGCGCGGUGCCGCGGAGAUUUUAAAUCGGAAGACUGUUUUGUGAAGGGAAGUCGCGUGGUAGGGGCGUACGGAGAGGAUCGCGCGGUGUUUUAUCAGCCGUUGGAUUUUGGAGAUAAGGGCUUUGGGAGGCCGGUGCCAGGACCCGAGUGGCGGGAGAGGCGGGUUGAUAAUUUAGCGGGAAAGGAUUUGUUUUUUUUUUGGGUAUUGAACGAAGAAGAUACUUUUGGUAGUCUUGCGGGAGUACCUUUUGUGUGGCGCAGUGCUCGGAGGGAGGUCCGGGAGAAGCGGGCGUUUUAUUCGGCGAGAGUACGGUACAAAAGAAGAUGCCGCGUUCGAUGCCUUCUCCGACAAGUUCACCACCAUCUACACUCCUUCCUAUAGAGAGCUCGUCUCCAUCAAAACACAGCAACAUACCACUAAUGUUUGUCCUAGGAGGGAUAAUACUCGUUGUGGUCUGUUUAAUUCUAAUAGUCAUUUUCUGGAAAUUCAUCAAACCUGGGAAGUUGAAGAAGAUGCUGGUCCCAUCCAAAGCAGUUCGAGCACCAGAUUUCUUUAGUGGUAACCUUCGAACGAUAAGCUACUUCGACUACCGGACACUGAAGAAAGCAACAGGGAAUUUCUGUUCCAGGAACCAGCUUGGAAGAGGAGGAUUCGGGCCAGUCUACAAGGGAGUUUUAGAAGAUGGGAGGAUGAUUGCAGUAAAGAAACUGGCUUUGGAGAAAUCACAACAAGGUGAAUCAGAAUUCCUUUCAGAGGUGAGGUUGAUAACAAGCAUCCAGCACAAGAACUUGGUACGCCUUAUUGGGUGUUGCUCAGAUGGGUCUCAGAGACUGCUUGUAUAUGAGUAUAUGAAGAAUGGAAGCUUGGAUGCGAUAGUUUACGGCAAAAGCACCCAGUUCUUGAACUGGAAGAGUCGGUUCCAAAUUAUUCUAGGCAUUGCUCGAGGAUUGCAGUAUCUUCACGAGGAUUCACAUCUAAGGAUUGUUCAUAGAGACAUCAAGGCAAGCAACAUACUCCUUGAUGAGAAAUUCCAACCGAAAAUUGGAGAUUUCGGGUUGGCUAGGUUCUUCCCUGAAGACCAAGCUUAUCUCAGCACCACAUUCGCAGGAACUCUAGGUUAUACAGCUCCCGAGUAUGCCAUUCGAGGAGAGCUGUCUGAGAAGGCAGACAUAUACAGCUUUGGCGUUCUGGUGCUCGAGAUUGUUAGUUGCAGGAAAAACACGGAUCAUACUUUGCCAUCAGAAAUGCAGUAUCUUCCUGAAUAUGCAUGGAAGCUUUAUGAAAGAUCAAGGGUCAUUGAUCUGGUGGACCCGAAUCUUCAACAAGAUGGGUUUGUGGAAAAAGACAUCUUACAAGCAAUUAAUGUAUCUUUGUUGUGCCUACAGCCGUAUCCAAGCCUAAGGCCGCCAAUGUCAGAAAUCGUGGCCUUGCUAACAUGCAAGGUGGAAAUGGUAGCAACACCUAUGAAACCAGCAUUUCUAGACCAGAGGCGUUGCAAGGAUGAACAUCUUUCUUGGGAGAUUAUAUCCGGAGGUUUCCCUUCCCCUCUACCAAGCGAUUCUCCCUCCUUCCCUCAACCCGAAAAGUCAACUUCGACAUCAUCAUCAUAGAAAUACAUUCCUAAAGCCGCAGAAACCAAGGCCGUAAAAGCUAUGAUGACUUGAGUAAAAUAUUACUGAAUUAAAGAGAUUAUAGGAUGGGAAGAAGAUGAAAGAUACUGCAUUUUUCUGAGAGUCUGAUUAAAGGAGGAUGUUGAAGUGAUUCGCCCAACGUCUGUCGAAGUAGGAGAGAUGUACUAUGAUUCAAAGAAAAGGUCCAGUUAAAGAGAGGAUGUUAGAAUGAUCGCCUCUAGUUUAGUGGCGUAUUAAUGUAUUAUAUGGUAAUAUCUAGUACAUUUUGACAGGUGCUAUUAUGGGUAUUUUCAUAAAAUUUUCUUUAAUGAGACCGGAUCCAAUACAAAGCUUUGAAUGUGUGUAUCUAAGUACAUCGCCUUAACUGAACUUAGGCCCUGUUUGGGAUCAGGGAAAUGAAACUAAUGAUUUGAUAAAUCCAUGUACCUGUGAAAUUCAUGAAUUGCAUUGGAUUUGGAUUUGGCAAAAAUCCCAUAGUCCACUGUUUGGGACCAAGCUACAAACAAAGGGAUUUGGAAGUAUUUAUUUACAUGGAAAAACAUUUAUUGCUUUAUGCAAUUCUCUCAUUUUGUGGAUUUGUAAAGUCUUAGAUUUGAAUUUUCCCCUAAUCCUUGGAUUUAUGGGGGUUUGGUUUUGGGAAAUCUGUGGAGUUGACAAAUCCCUGACGGGAACAAACAUGGGAGAUUUGAAAUCCAAGAAUUUCACAAAUCCUUCACCCCAAACAGCCCUUAAGUGCACUUCUAAACUGUAUGUAAAUGCACUCAAACACACUUAGAUGCAUGGUUGUGUGCUAAAGCUUAGUGUACAAAGCUUUGUAUUGGUUCCGGCCUCUUCUUUUAUUAUACUUUGAGAGCUCAUUGGCAUAUGUGAGAGGAAUGUCUGUUCAAAUUACUUUGUAGAAAAUGACAUCAUAUGUUCAAUUCUCCAACUUGAUUUU